AUGGCGUCGGAGCCGUUCAUUGACUAUAAACCAACAUGGGAGGUGCUAGCGGGAGAUGAGGGGAGCGUCGAGUCCGCCUCGGACUCGGCGACUGAGAAGAGCCCCAUGAAGCAGCGAAAGGGGGGGGCUAUCGGAGCCAAAUACAAAGCUCAGGACAGCAGAGAUAGGCAUGAGACGCAGGACAGCCUGAAGCUGCGCUCCAUUGCGGUGGUUAACGUCUCCUCUGCACUUGACGGCUGCGACGACCAGCUCCUCCCCGCGACAUUCAGGGCCUUAGAGAGCGACUUAGGCUUUCACCCUUCUCUCUUAGGCUACAUCACUCUCUCUCAAACACUGUGCCUUUCUCUUUUCUGCCCCCUUUGGGGCUAUCUAGCCGAUAGACACUCCAGGAAAUGGCUGCUCGUCUUCGGCACCACCGCGUGGGGGGUUAUCACGACUGCGCUUGGACUCGUCUCCGAGUUUUGGCAGGUGGCGCUGCUCCGAGCGCUGAACGGCGUCUUUCUGGGGAGUGUGGGCCCAGUGUCCCAGAGCAUUUUGGCAGACACAUCACGUCGGCGGAGUUUGGGGUUUUCUUUCGGUCUCGUUCAGCUCUGCACCAGCAUGGGCAGGCUGGUGGGGGGGGUCGUCACGACUACCGUGGCCCAGAUACAAAUGGGAGCCCUUAAGGGCUGGCGCGCUUGCUUUAUUUGCGUGGGGGCCAUGAGCUGCUUGCUGGGAGUACUUAUUUCUUUUGUUUUGGAGGAAAUUCCUCGUCGGCGAGUCUUGCGGCCGCGCAUGGACGACUCUGGGGGCACGGGAUCAGUGAUGCAGUCUUCCGACACCUGGAGCUCUUUCCUCAAAGAGGUCGUCACGAAGUCCCUCUCAACCCCUAGCGUCCUCAUUGUUCUUGUGGAGUACUGUAACAUGUCGGACCUGAAGGCGGCGUACAUUAUGGGGGCUCUGCUUAUUGGCUCGGCGGCUGGCGGAGUCCUCGGAGGGCUCUUGGGGGACAAGCUGUACGACUGGUCUCCUGGGCACGGCAGACCGCUUGUGGGUCAGUUUGCCAUGGCGGUGCGGGUGCCCUUGCUGGUGGUCGCCUACGUGAUUGUCCCGAAAGAAGAGACGUCGUUUGCAGUGUUUAUGCUGCUGGCCCUCCUCGUGGGGUUUUCCUCCAUGGCGGGAGUAGCGGUCAAUAGGCCCAUCCUUGCCGACGUCGUGCGUCCCAACCACAAAGCCACUGUUUUUGCCCUGGUGAGCUCACACGUCCAAAUGCCCCAGGGGAUGGAGGCCGUUUGGCUGUGUAAAGUCAAAGUAUUUGGUUGCAUCCUGCCUGCAUGUGCCUCUGUGUUUCGUGAACUGCUCUCUCAUGAUUUCGUCGAGCCUGGAGGCAACUGCUCUUUAUCAUAUUUGCGUCUGCAGACGGUGGCAGUGGAGGGUAGCGGCGCCGCUAUUUUGGGGGCGCCGCUUGUGGGGUAUUUGGCGGAGCAUUCCUUUGGGUAUCUGCGAACAACUUUGCUGGUUGCUGAAAUGCCCGAACAGCUGCGUCUGGGGAACGCAAACGCCUUGGCCUCUGCUCUCGCCUUCCUUACGGUUAUCCCCUGGUCUAUCUCUUUUCUACUGUAUGGACUUCUCCAUUUCACCUACGGACGGGACCAACAGAGGAUCAGCGCAGUGCUCGAGGAGGAGUUUCGUCACGAUGAUGAAGAUAAGGAAGACUGGCGACGCACUUGGUUCGCCUGCCAGUUUUACCUGUCUAGCUAG